AUGUCGAAUUUCUCUGACACUUUGAAGUCAGAACCUAUCGGGAUUCUUUCCAAAGAGCCUUCACAGGCUUUAGAUUUGGUGAAAUCCUACCUCGAUGAGGUUCUUGCACUAUACAAAAAAAGUGGAAGUGCUGCAAAGACAGAACUUGAUGAGAUUAUUACUGAUGGACUCGAUGCUAAUCAAGUUUGGUGGCAAGCUAAAAUGGUUGUCGAUAAUGUUGGUGGUGACCUCAUGGAGAGAAUAUACGAUUUGAAGAGUCAAACAUAUGACGAUUUUGACGAAGAAGAAGGAGAUGGUUCUUCAUUGGAAGGAAACGAUUUAGAGCAAGAAUCUCAAGAAUCAGAAUCUUCUGGAGAUGAAUCAAAUCAGGGCUCGCAAAAUGAGGGAAGUGAAGAAGAAGAAGAAGAAGAAGAAGAAGAAGAAGAGGACGAGGACGAAGAAGAGGACGAAGACGACAACGAUACUGGAAAAGUACAAGAAAUUGAAAGGUAUGAUGACAGUGCCAUGUCAGGAGAACCUGCUGAUGUUAGUGAAGAAGAGGGUAAGGAGGAGCUGGAAGAAAAAGAUGAUUAUGAGGAAAGUGAUCAGGAAGGUGCCUUGGAAGAAUCUUCAAAUGAAGCUGAUUAUUCCAAUUCUGAGAAGAAAGAUCUUAACGAUGAAUUUUUUGAUUUAAAUGAAUUCAACAGACAAACUCUAGAGGCCGAGGAAGGAGAGGGUAAUGAGCAAGAUGAUGAAGAAGUUGAUUAUUUUGGUGAUUUACCCUCUGAAGAUGAAGAAGAAGCCUUAUACUAUAACGAUUUCUUUGACGAACCAACGUCUCAAAAGUCUACUAAAAAGGAGGUCACCAGUGAAAAGCCUAAGAAGAAGCAACAAGCGGAACCUGACUUCACAGAAGAGGAUUACGAUGCGGCUGUUGAUUCUGCCAAAUUGGAUCUAUUUGCAGAUGAUGACAAGGAACCGAAGGGAGGAGAUGAAGAUACUGAUUCCGAGAAGAAGCUAUCAACUUUUGAAAAGCAGCAAUUAGACAUCCAGAGGCAAAUAGAACAGUUAGAAAAAGAGGCUGUUGCUGAGAAAAAAUGGGCUUUAAAAGGUGAAGCACAAUCAAAGGAUCGUCCUCAGGAUGCAUUGUUAGAAGAGGAUGUGGAAUUUGAUAGAACUUCGAAGCCGGUGCCUGUAAUAACAACUGAAGUCACUGAAUCUCUCGAAGAUAUGAUCAGAAGGAGAAUUAAAGAGAAAGGUUUCGAUGAUUUGCCUAGAAGAGUGGUAACAGAUAGCAAUCUGAAGAGUUACAAACCUGAUUUCCAAUUGAGUGACCAGAAAUCUUCGAAGUCCUUGGCCGAAUUAUAUGAGGAGGACUACAAGGGUGUAUCACAGGAUGCAGCUGUAAGUGAAGAAUUGCAGAAAGAACAUGAUGAGAUCUCCGACAUGUUCAACAAUCUAUUUUACAAAUUGGAUGCUCUAUCAUCCGCACACUUUAUCCCAAAACCAUCCAAAAAAUCCUUAGAGGUCAGAGUGGAAACACCUGCUGUAUCUAUGGAGGAUACCCAGCCACUAACUAUGUCCACUGAACAAUCUCUAGCUCCUCAGGAAAUUUAUAGAGUAGGAAAGGGUGAGAACCCUAAUGAGAUCAAACUCAAAAAUGGUAUGCCAGUGGCCAAAGAGGAAUUGACCAGAGAUGACAAACAGAGGCUACGUAGAGCCAUGAAGAGAAAGAGAGCCAACAACCAUGUUGGCGAUCAGCAAAAGAAGAAGAGUAAGAAAGACGCUACGAUCUCGACCUUGUCGAAUGCUAAGAACGUUACCGUUAUCAACAAAAAGGGAGAGCAGCAUGAUGUUAGGGGUAACGUUAAAGGUACUAAGGGAAACGAAAAUAUCAAUAAAAUAAAAUUGUGA